AUGGGCGGAGGCAAGAAAUCCCGCAACUCCUCUUUCGCACCAAUCUUCGGACAGAAGCCCGAGAAGGCCCAAGCGCCAUCUUUAGAACACUCACCGUUGGAAUCCGAAUCCGAAAUGAGCAGCCAGGCAACCUCGGAUAGAACAGAGGCCCCGCUAACUCGACGGGGAUUCAUUGCGGAUUUCCGAAAAUAUGUGGCAGAGGAGCUGGACGAAAGACUGUGCCCGAUUAUAGAGGGCAUGGUGGACCUCUCAGCACGCACGCAGGCCUUGGAGACCAAAAUGUUGGAGGCAAUGGAAACUGUGCACGCACAUGGCGGCGAACUACAAGACUAA